AUGACAGGCAAAAAACAGGUGGAUUUCCCCGAAGAUAACGAUGAGAGACCGUUCAGAUGCGAGACCUGCGCAAGAGGAUUUCACAGAUUGGAACACAAGAAGAGACACAUGAGAACACAUACCGGGGAGAAACCACAUCAUUGUGCGUUCCCCGGAUGUGGGAAGGGCUUUAGUAGAAGUGAUGAGUUGAAGAGGCAUUUGAGAACACACACCAGUACAUCACAGAGAAGAACAAAGAAACCAAAGAUGAGAGGCAUGAAUGCUUAUCAAAUGGGUGACGAGAUGAUAGAUGGGACUCUGGUCGGACAACCAAUGUUGUUUCAACCAGUCGCCACAAGAAUGACUGGAUUGGCUGUCGGUAUGGCACCAAUGAAUGCCAAUAUAAUACAAGUAUCUGGCCCUGCGGGACAAGCUCCCAAUGGGAUGCACCCAAUUGUCAUCCCUAUGAUGGCACAUAAUGGUACUAAUAUUCCUGUGUAUGCUCAAUCCCCACAGGGUAUGUAUCCUCAAAAUGCAACGAUACAGAUUUCUAAUAUGCCCUCAGGAAGCGUUGCAACAUCUAACUAUGUUCAAUUGCAGCCUUCCAUGCAAUCGUUCAAUAGAUCCACUAGCUCUUUGACGUUGAGUGAGGCUUCUAAUUCAUCCAUCUUUUCAUCCAAUGUAAGUAUGCAUACAAAUAUGUCGAGGCCAAACUCUCCUUCCAGUGCACAUGAAUAUAAUACCCCGGUGCAACAAAAGCAACAAACUCAAAGUCCUCAAACUCAAAAACGAUUUGCAGGUUCUAUAAUAAAUGCAUUAACAGCAAUGAAGAAGGGUCACACCACAGAUAAGAAAGUGUCCAAGGAGAAAAGUGCUAAGAUUGAUAGGUAUUUGAGUCCGCCAUCACCUAAGGAUUCAAGAACUGUCUCUACAACAAGUAGCACAGUCUCCCUCGGUUCAUUAUUAAACACAAGUAGUGCAACUACACAUAUUAUUCCCAGUAAGGAAAUAAUUAACAAUCAAGGCUCCUUUUUAGAUUCUCAAAAGAGGAUACCGGGAGAAGCUAGAUUCCAAUUAUCGACUGAUGAUGAGGACAAUUAUUAUGACGACACUGAUGAUAAUGGUGAAUCAUCAGUGAAUAAUGACAAAUCAAGAGUGAGCAACGUUAAGUUGCCACCAAUGAGCAAAGUGCUGAGACAAAUUGAUUUCUUCAACAAGCCCAACUAA